AUGCGGUGCUGUCUGUCAGCUGCAUUUGUUGUUGACCCCCCAGGGCAGCAGAGCUGCAAGCCCGAGCCCCAGUCGAACCUCAUCAAGCUGCCCAGCGAGUGCCACCGGGACGCAGCGGGCUCCCAGUACUACGACGUGGGUCACUGCCCGCCGAGGCAGUGCGCCGGCAGCCCGGCCGAUGAGCCGCGGUGCGGGGAGGGCACCCGGCACUGCUGCGGGGUCCGGCGCAUGGAGGUGCGGGAGAUCCAGUGCUCUGGCUCCCUCCUGCCCAUCAAGGUGGUGGCCGAGUGCGGCUGCGGGCCCUGCACCCAGCCCCGCAUCCUGGUGCAAGGACGCGUGACGGCCGCCGACACCGGGGAGCCUCUGCGCUUCGGGCAGAUCUUCGUGGACACCGUCAAAGUCCUGCCCUUCAACAGCCGGGGCGGUGCCGUCUACCAGGACAUCAAGAUGAUGCGGAAGAAGGAGCCGGUGGACUUGGACGCCAGCCAGACCAACGCCAUCCCACUGGGGGAGGUGAGAGGCCAGGAGCCCAUUGGAGAACUCAUCAUUCCUGCCGGCGCCUUCCUCCGCUCCUCCGGGGAAGUCUUCAAGGGCACUGUCAAAGCCAGUGUCACCUUCCUGGACCCGAGGGACAUUGCGACAGUCGGUGCUGCCUCCAGUGACCUCAGUUUUGUCAACGCCGAGGGGGAAAUUGUCCCCCUGCGGACCUACGGCAUGUUUGCGGUGGACUUUCGGGAAGGGGAGUCCAACGAGGCGCUGCAGACGGGCCCGGUGGAAGUGCGGAUGGACGCAGGGCAGAUCAGGAUGCCAGAGCACCUGCAGAAGAUGAAGCUGUGGUCCUUGAACCCUGAGACUGGCUUAUGGGAGGAGGAAGGCGUCUUCCGCCAGGUCAAGGAGAGGAGGGGAAAGAGGGAGGACAGGACCUUCCUCAUUGGGAACAUGGAGAUCCGGGAGCGGCGUCUCUUCAACCUAGACGUGCCGGAGAACCGCCGCUGCUUUGUCAAGGUCAGGGCUUACAGCAAUGAGAAGUUCAACUCCUAUGAGCAGCUGGAAGGGGUGGUCAUCAACCUCAUCAACCUGGAGCCCCAGCCCGGCUACCCUACCAAUCCCCGGGCUUGGGGACGCUUCGACAGCGUCGUCACAGGGCCCAACGGCGCCUGCCUGCCGGCCUUCUGCGACGGCGAGCGCCCCGACGCCUACUCGGCAUACCUCACCGCCACGCUGGGCGGGGAGGAGCUGGAGGCCGUGGCCUCAAGCCCCAUCCUCAACCCCAACACCGUGGGGGUGUCCCAGCCCUACUUGAACAAGCUGGGCUACCGCCGGCUGGACCAUGAUGACCCCACCUUCAAGAAGACAACCUUCCAGAUCAACGUGGCCAAGCCUGACCCCAACAACAUCGACGAGACCAAUGGGCCCAUCUACCCCUACCGCAGCCUCAAGGAGUGUGAGCAGGCACCAGUCAGUGCCAACCACUUCCGCUUCUAUCGCGCGGAGGUGGACAAGUACGAGUACAACGUGGUGCCUUUCAAGGAGAGCGACUUGACGUCCUGGACGGGUGACUACCUGUCGUGGUGGCCCAACCCGCAGGAGUUCAGGGCAUGCUUCAUCAAGGUGCAGAUCGAGGGGCCGCAGGAGUACAUGGUGCGGUCCCGCAACGUGGGGGGAUACGGCUUGCGUGACACCCGUAGCGUGCAGGACAUGCUGCUGGAGAACAGCUCGGGUGCCUGCGUGGAGUUCAAGUGCAGCGGGAUGCUCUUCGACCAGAGCAUCGUGGACCGCACCUUGGUCUCC